AUGCAAACAGCAUAUAAAAUUAAUAGAAAUUACCAAGUUAGUGAACAAGGAAUAAUGAUUGUUCUUUUAAACCAAUUUGCUGAUAUAGAAUUAGAAAAAAAGAAAAAGAAAGCAACAAAAGCACUUCCAUUUCUCCAAAUUCGAAGUAUUAAUUUUGGAAAUGGAGAUGUGUUUAAUUUUAAUCAAUUUAUUGAAUGUCGUUGUAAAGAACUUAUUCAAAGUGAAAUCCAAAGAGGAUUAAAAGAAGAAACAGCAUCAAAAAGAUAUAAUUGUUAUUUAAUUAAUGAGUCAAUUCAUUUAUUAAUUGACUUACUAAAUGAAAAUAGAAUUCAAACAAGUUCUUCAUUCUCAGCUGGUAAAAAUGGUAGAAUUAAAACAGAAACAAUUGAUACAAUUCGUUAUAAUAGUUCAAUAUUAGAUAAAAACUUUAUUAAAGAAAAAGGAGUUAUUAUUAAUGAAUAUUUAGCUGAACGUCUUCAUAGAGAAGAUUCUAUUAUAUUUCAUCGCAAUUGUUAUGAAUUACAACAUUUAUUAAUAUAA